CUUCCCCUCCCAGGGCGGUGACAAUUGUUAAAGACACUUUAUAGACAAUCCCUUAUGUCCCUUAUAUCACUGGAGCAGCUACUGUUGGGAUCCUGGACCAUUUAUUUUCUACGGGGAAGCAUUUAUUAUUUUUUAUUGUCUUCAUUUUUCUAUGACUACAAAUCCCAAAGUGGGAUCUAGGAUUCCUUUCUCUGCCUGAAAACACUGGGGGUGAAGCACAUUUGAAAGCUCCUAAAGGCAAAUAUGUAGACAGGCAUGUUCUCUCAUAUACAAACUGGAAAUUUUCCUUUGGCGAGAGAUGUUCUAAGGACAACCACCUCCUCCUUAUAACCCACGCUGGAACACUAGGCUCUGAUGCUGGGAUCAACACUACUGGCAAUAACAGAUUUAGCACAGGAUAUAAGGUGCACAAUAAAAAUGGUACCUAGAAGAAAAGUGAUUGUUGUCAUAGCACUAAUGUGUACAUGUCUUGUGUUUUUGGGGAUUUUCGUGGAGGUACAAUUUUUGAAUGUCUGCACCAUUUGCUAUCAAAGAGAUUCAUAUUAUAACAUCAGCCUUGAACGUAAUGAGACAUUUUUCACUCUUUUACCAAAUAUAAACUGCAAAAAGAAUCCACCUUUUCUGGUUCUGCUAAUAACCAGCACCCGUGAUCAACAAGCUGCACGAAUGGCAAUCCGACAAUCAUGGGGAAAGCCGAGAACAAUCCAAAAACAAAAUGUGGUUGCCUUCUUUCUUCUGGGUUCCAGUGUGAUAAGGCAACAUGAAGACCAAGCCAAUCUUGUUGACGAACACAAUAUAUAUAAUGAUAUUAUUCAGAGGGAUUUUAUUGAUGCAUAUUACAAUCUAACUCUUAAAACUGUUAUGGGUCUUGACUGGAUUCAUCAUUUUUGUCCAGAAACAACAUUUGUGAUGAAGACAGAUACAGAUAUGUUUGUGAAUACAAUAUAUCUUGUCGACUUGCUUCUACGGAAAAAAUCAACAACAAACCUUUUUACUGGUUUCUUAAAACCAGAUGAAUAUCCUAUACGUAACAUUUUUAGCAAGUGGUAUGUAAGUAGACUUGAAUAUCCUUAUUACAAAUAUCCACCAUUUUGUUCAGGGACGGGUUACGUAUUUUCUGUAGAUGUGGCACUGAAGAUCAUCAACAUGACAUCAAUUGUACCAUUCUUUAAACUAGAGGACGUCUAUGUAGGACUAUGCUUGGACAAACUUAAAAUACCUUUACAGGAGCUUCAUACCAAGCAAACCUUCUUUCCCGAACGGGUGUCUUUUUCAGUGUGCAACUACCGAAAUAUCGUAACUUCCCAUGGAGUACAACCGAAAGACAUUCUACUUUAUUGGGAAGCCAUGGAGUGGUCAGAAACUGAAAAAUGCUAAAAAAAAAAAAA